AGCUGGUCUGCGCUCCGGCGCCGCCGUGACGAAGGCCGGCCCCUGACCUCCCCCCUGCCGUCGCGGAAGCGGACCGAACAUUUCCGCCAUUACUGCUCGCCUGGAUCUGCUCCUGCGCUGGAGCUCCGCUUUGCUGUAAAACGUGUGGGAAUAGAGCCUGAGUCCGUUUAAAAAACAAAGUCACCAUUGAUGUCGUUUGGUGGGACGCAGAACGGCGGCCGUCGCAGUAAGUGGGACCAGCCUGGUCCGGGUGCCGUGGUGGAGAAUGAGGCGGCACCAACAGGGGCCCUGGACGCCGCCGCUGCGGUGGCAGCCAAAAUCAACGCCAUGCUGGUGGCCAAGGGCAAGCUGAAGCCGUCACAGAUCGGAGUGCCGGGGGCCGUGGACAAAGCUGCAGGGGGUGGGAAGGUGCUGCCUCCGCUGAAGGCCAAAGACGACCUGGUGGUGGCUGAAGUGGAGAUUAAUGAUGUGCCGCUGACCUGCAGGAACCUGCUGACCCGUGGCCAGACGCAGGAUGAGAUUAGCAGGGUGAGUGGUGCUGCAGUGUCCACCAGGGGGCGGUACAUGACAACAGAGGAGAAGGGCAAAGCCCUGCCUGGUGACCGUCCCCUUUACCUGCACGUCCAGGGACAGACAAGGGAGCUCGUUGACAGGGCUGUGAACAAGAUCAAAGAGAUCAUCACCAACGGGGUGGUGAAGGCGGCCACCAGCUCUAGCUCUUCCUAUAACGGUGCCACUGUUACUGUGUACCACCAGCAUGCCCCACCUCCCCCAACGCUGCCCCCUAUGGGCCACAAACCGCACUUUCAGUCAGGGAUGCACUAUGUUCAGGACAAGCUGUUUGUGGGGCUGGAACAUGCCGUUCCUGGCUUCUCUGUAAAGGAGCGCGUGGAGGGACCCGGCUGCUCCUACCUGCAGCACAUCCAGGCCGAGACCGGGGCCAAGGUCUUCCUCAGGGGCAAGGGCUCCGGCUGCCUGGAACCGGCAUCUGGCCGAGAGGCCUUCGAGCCCAUGUACAUCUACAUCAGCCACCCCAAACCUGAAGGCCUGGCUGCUGCCAAGACCCUGUGUGAGAACCUACUGCAGACUGUGCAUGCUGAGUACUCCCGCUUCCUCAAUCAGAUGAGCGCCAUGCCCACCCAGGGGUUCAUCCAGCCCCCGGCCAUAAACGGGAUGCCCCCUCAGCCACCCUACUACCCCCCGGCGGGGUACCAGCCGGGCUAUCCACUGCCAGUGCCCCCCCCCCAGCCUGUCCCACCGCCGUACACAGUGCCCCCUCCUGUGCCCCCAGGGGCACCGACUGUGAUGCCCCCCCCGAGCGCGCAGUACCCAGUUAGCCCUGCCCCGGCCUCCCUCACACAGCCCCUCCCACCUGGGCCUUUCCCUCCCACAGCGCCGGUACAGCCCAAAGUCACGUCCCCUGCACCCCCCGUUAACCCUCCACAGAAGCGCCGCUUCACCGAGGAGGUCCCAGACGAGCGGGACAGUGGCCUGCUGGGAUACCAGGUGCAGGCUUCUCUGUGGGCGGCCCCGAGCCUUCUGGACUCCCGGCAGCCGGUUCCCCUGGUGAUCUGAGGGAGCGGGAGAGUAGGCAGCUAAUGCCUCCGCCGCCUAUGCCGAUUAACGGAGCACGCCCCAAGCCCGAGGAGAGGAGGACGCUGCCCGGGGCCCUGGGUGAGUGGCGACCCCCGCUCUAACCCCCUCCCCCUGCCCUGGCAGGCUCUCCCUUCCCACCCCCGUUACCUAUCUGGAUUUUGCCUGUAGUUCAGCAGCAGACCCACUAGGUGUCUCCCAGUGAAUUUGCUGGCCAUUAUUUCCUGGUAAAUAUUAUAGCAGUACAUUACGACUGCAUCUCUUAAAUCCUAGCUGUUAUCCUCAGGGUUGGUUAUUUUUGCACUGACAUUCAGCACUAAAGCCACUGGCUGCUGAUUUACAAUCCCGUGAUGGCAGAGUUAGCUUUUAGAGUUAUUGCCCCUGCCCUGCCAUGUGCAUCUGCCCUUUCUCUCAGUAGCUGGUUCCUUCAGCCAGCUGUCCCUCUCUGAUGACAUCAUCAGGAUGGAGGAGUCUGUGCCCAAGCCUCCUCCUUCACUAACGUGGUUCUUCCUUUUUUUUGUGUUCUCUCUCUCUUUCUCUGUGUUCUUCUCUUCCAUGUCUCUCUGGGGGGAUGCCUGACGGUUUCGGGUGUGGGUGGGUUGGGGGGUGGGCGUGGCUCCUCGCUGCGAUGUUACGGCUGUCCCGCACCCCCAUUGGACCACCUGGCCGCCGCCCCCAUCGACCGAUGUCUGCCGACCCUGGCCUGCUCGCCUCCUCUGUCACCCGUUCACACGUCACUCUUAUUUUUUUUUUUAAACGAUGAAAAUUAACUGUUUGUCUCCCCUUUUAAACGGCAUUUUUUUAAAUGAUCACUCGUACUGCCGUACCCCCUCCCUCCGUCUUUUUGCUCUUCUCUCCCUCUCUGUCUGUUCGUCCCCCUCCCAUUUCAGAGCCGACGGCGAAACGUGCCAAGACGGGCCUGGUGGCGUACACGGGGGACUCUUCGGAUGAGGAGGAGGAGCACGUGACCUGCAAGGCCGGCGGGGCAGGUAACGGGGGAGCAGGCGCGUCUGCCAGUUGGGCCCUGGG